AUGCAUUUCAUCAAGACCCUCGUCUCUCUUUUCACCAUCUCCGGCUUUGCUGCUGCGCGUUUUGAGUACUCCGACUUCAGCCUUGCUCGCCGUGAGAUCGCUGAGGUUGCCCACGAAGAUUACCUUAUCGCUCGUGAUGAAUACAUUGAGAAGCGAGAUCUGUUUCGCCGCUCUGAGAUGGCGGAGUUUGCUUAA